GCGAAAGUUGCAGACAUCUUGACAUCGUGAGGCCAUGAACAUCUCAACGGAGGAGGAUGCGGCGGCGGUUGUCCCGUUUGGCACGUUGCUGGGUGUCUCAGAUGGCGGCGUGGAAUUGUAUAACUGCGACUACUCGACACUCCCACCUCCAGACAUGCUGGACCGCGCGAGCUUUAAGAACGAGCACAAUGGCGUGACAACUGGAUACAAGUGGCAAUGCGUCGAGCUCGGGCGUCGGUACUUGCUCGUGAACUUUGGCGUGAUAUACGACAACAUCGCGAUGGCGUACGACAUCUUCCGCCUCAAGACGGUACGUCGUGUUGCGGACGGUCAGUUGGUACCGAUGGUUUCCAACGUGAACGGCGAAUCCACCGACCUACCCGUGAAGGGGUCGCUCCUGAUCUGGAACCCCGUCGGCGAGUUUGUCCACACGGGUCACAUUGCUGUCAUUGUGAACGUCGAAGUCGACUACGUGGACAUUGUCGAGCAAAACGUGGACGACACGAUUUGGCCGCCCGGCGUCAACUACUCCCGACGGCUCAAGGCCGACUUGAACGAAGUCACUGGGGCAUACACCAUCACAUGCACAUUCCCUGACUCGUCCAUCCUCGGUUGGAUGACAAUUGACAUGCACACAGAGUACAACUACGAAGACGUGCCAAUCGCGACGCCGUCGCAAGACCUGCAUCUGCGAAACGUCACCCUGACAGAGACGCAGCUAGCGACGCCGUGGAUGAACCCCGACCUGCCCUACGUGCAAGCAUUCCAAUCGGCGUUCGGGUCCGCCCUCGCGUCGUCGCCAAACUCGGCGUACUUUUGCCUGACUACGCGGGGCCAAGCCGCGCUCGAGUACGCGACCGAGCAUCUCCAUCACAUGUUCUUGGACGCGACCGAUUACGUACUGCACCACGAGAAGGAACUUGGCCACUACUUUCGCCUGCCCCCCGCGCUCUGGCCACGCAUACGCCGGUCCUGGUUCCGCCGCAAGCCAGACGUCCUCGCCGGGCGCUUUGACUUUGCCCUCACGGAAAACGGUGUCAAGGUGUACGAGUACAACGCGGACUCGGCGUCGUGUCUCAUGGAGUGUGGGUACAACCAAGACGCGUGGGCGGCGGUGGUUGGUCUGCCCGGCACGUCCAACAGCUCAAAUCUGUUCCAGAAACUCACACAUGGAUGGGUGCUCAAGAAUGUACAAGGCCCGCUCCACCUCCUGUGCGAUGUCGACCCCGAAGAGCAAUACCACACCGAGUACAUGAAAGCUGCCGCCGAGGCCGCAGGCCUCACGUGCUAUGUCGUCGUGGGGGUCGACACAUUAGAACGCCACGGCCAAGACAUUGUGGACAUGACACACAACGUCAACGUUCGAAACGUGUGGAAGACGUGGUCUUGGCGCACCGCCAUCGACCAGCUGAGCGACGACGAAUGGCAACAUUUUCUCAUGGACGAUGUCGCGGACCCGAAGGGCUUGACGACGCCCAAGUUGCGGCCCGCACACCCCGGCACGACCGCCGUCAAGCUCGUGGACGUGCUGCUGCACCCUGCCAUUCGUAUUUUCGAGCCUCUCUGGACAAUCUUGGCCAGUUCAAAAGCAAUUUUGCCAGUUCUGUCGACGCUGUACCCGAACCACCCCAUGCUCCUUCGGUCGUCGUUUACGCUGACGCCCGAGUUGGAACAAUCAGGGUAUGUGACCAAACCAGUGGCCGGUCGCGCGGGGGAAAACGUAGCCGUCGUGGCGGCCGACGGCACAACGCUGAUAGCGUCCGAGGGACAAUGGGCCGACGACACCCCAAUCUAUCAAGAGCUGGCACUCCUUCCCACCUACGGAGAUCGUGGCAACGUCCAGCUCGGCACGUGGGCAAUUUCCGGUGCCUACGCGGGUACAGUCGUCCGGGCCGAUCCGUCGCCCAUUAUUCGAAUGAACUCGGACGUGUACGCAGUGCGCGUCGUCGACGACAGCCCGCCCAAGGACCAAAUCCCCAAGGCCGCAGCAUAGGUUGGUGGUAGGGCCAAGGCACUGGCCACGGUCGACUGCCGCAGCCCACUUUCCUGGACACGUCGAGCAGACGUGGGGGUUGAUGUACACGCGUUAGAAGGAUUGAUUGCAGUAACUAGACCACCGAGUUCGGAUUGCUUCUUGUUGAACGUCACAUGCUUGCUACACCUGAUGUUGUCCUCGGUCCCGCCACGGUCACGUGGGUCUCACCGCUGGACGUCGCAAUUCCAGGUCUGUGGGACACGGCGCUCUCAUCGCCCACACCACAGAUAUCGCAGCGAGAUGACGCCGGUUUUGAAAUUGCUAAGAGCGAGCGGCGCCUGCUGCAGAGCAAGUUGACAACGGUGUCGGGGAUGGAUCAAACUAGCCCUUUGUGAC